CCAGACACACACUUGCAAUGGGGGUUCGAAUGCCAACAAAGACCUUCACGUCGUUGAGAGACCGGGAUCCCGCCUUCUGAGCAUUUGCUUCCGAAUGGCAGAGUACAAGUGGUAAGUGAUGGAGAAAGCUAAUCCGCCCAAUCCGAUGCCGAUUGCAAGACAGUAAAACACCUGGAGGGACCCCAUGUCCUCCAGGUCCCGUCUUCCUAGACAUGCGAGAGGUUGCGGGGAGAACAGAGAAAAUGUUGCUUGCUGCUGCUUCACCUGCAUUUUGAUUGGAUUCGAUGACGCUCGAACGACAUCCACUGAGCCAGACCGGGGCUUAACACCUCUGAGCCAAGCCCACGAACUCAAACAUCAACACUGCUCUGUGAAAUCCAAGCAGGCGGUGCAAUGUUGGAAGAGGCGUCCUUACCAUGCCGGGAUCGUUUCUGCAAGAACGGGAGAGGCACAAGUCUGGAAGACUCGACGUCGAGAAUGGCUUCGGCAUCAAUAAGCCCAAGGAACAAGCCAAUACGGGCGUUUCCGGGAGAGCAGCGACGAGCUCAUCCUUGGAUCAUCUUCCCAAUU